UAUUUCAAAACAUGAAAACAAAUACAAAGUCUUAAAUGUUAAGUUGUUUUAAAAAAUAUUCUUACAAUAAAAUUUUAUUGAUAUUAGAUAUUAAUUAAUAAAUUAAUGUUGUAAAUUUAUAUAAAUUAACUUAUUUACAAUGUUGUUUACAUUGUUAUUUACGUGUACAUAUCGAUUUUAUUAACUAUACUAAAAAGGUUAUAGAAAAAAAACAGUGAUAAUCUAUUAUAUAUUUUUAUAUAUUUAUAAAUUAAUUUAAGUAAGUAUUACAAAAUUUAAACAAAUUAAUAAUAUGAUUACAUUAAUGAAAAAUAUUAUUUUAUCAAAUAAAUUUUUAAUAAUUAAAAAACAUAAAAAUAUACGAUUAACCAUUGUUAAUAAUCUUCAUAUAAAACAAGUUUUAUGUAAUAAAAAUGAAUCUGCCAGUGAGAUUACACCUUAUAAUUUUAAUGUGAAAAAAAAAGAGAAAGAAACUUUCUUGGAAAUUAUACAUGUAUAUAAAAAAGAAGAUCGUAUUAGAAAAGGACAAUUGCAGUUUAUUUUAACUGCUUUAAAAUAUAUGGAUGAAUUUGGUGUAAAUAAAGAUUUAGAAAUAUACAAGCAAUUGUUAGAUAUAUUUCCAAAAAACAAAUAUAUACCAAAAAAUAAAUUUCAAAAUAUGUUUUUUUCUUAUGCAAAACAUCAAAAUGUAGCUAUAAGUAUACUUAAAAAAAUGGAAAAAAAUUUUGUAAUACCUGAUUUUGAGAUGCAAGAACUAAUUAUACAAAUUUUUGGUGACAAGAAUCUAGUUAUAAAAAAGUGUUGGAACAUAUUUUAUUGGUUUCCAAAGUUUUCUCAACUAAAUCCUUGGCCAAUACCCAGACCGAUACCAACAGAUCCAAAAGAACUUGCUAAAUUUGCUAUAGCAAAAAUGUCUUGUAUAGAUGUACAAGCUAAUACUAUUGUAUAUAAAACAAAAGAUAUACCUGAUGCAAUUGAUGAUACAUGGAUUGUAUCUUCUAUGAGUAGAUCACAACAAGAACUUCUUGCAGUACAACCAACUAAUAAAUCAUUAAUUGUAGAAGGUCCUUUUAUGAUAUGGGUUGAUAAAUAUUAUAUUAAUUAUUUUGUAUUAAAAGGAGAUCCAAUAAAAAGAGAAAUCAUUUAUGAAGAUUAUGAUGAUAUAUCUCAUUUGCAAAUUCCAUUUUGGGAAAAACAUCACUUUAAAAUACCUCUUACUAAACAUGAGCAAGAAGAUGGAGUAUAUUAUGCAAUUUGUGCUACAGGCACAUCUUCCAAAGAUUCUCUAUUAUCAUGGAUAAGAUGUCUACAAAAAAUAAAUCCUAUUUUAGAAAAAAUACCAAUAACAUUUAAAAUAAAAUCAUUUCCAAAUCAACAAUUAUAUAUUAAAAAUAAUAAAAUAUCUAAUGAAAUAUCUAAUGAAAAAUAAAUAUUUCAAAAUAAAAAUAAAAUAGAAAAAUAAUUAUGUAAAUAAAUAUUGAUUAUAAAUAAAUUUAUUUAUACAGCAAUAA